AUGGACGCCAUUGAAGACAUCUUCGAUUCUUCGCUAAAUCUUGAGGAUUCCCACUUGAGAGAAGGCUACGACGAGGGCUACGCUGACGGCAUAAUCUCAGGCAAGGGAGAGGGCCAACAAGUCGGGCUGAAAACCGGGUUCGAAACGGGCGAGGAAUUGGGCUUUUACCGCGGCUGCGUCGCCGUCUGGAGCUCCGCCAUCCGGGCCGACCCGAAUUUCAUGUCUGCCCGAAUUCAGAAGACAAUCAAGCAGAUGGAUGAAUUGCUUCGGAAUUACCCAAUGCUCGAGCCGGAAAACGAGUCCGUCUCCGACGCCAUGGAUGCUCUGCGCCUCAAAUUUAGGGUUAUUUGUGCUAGCUUGAAUCUCAAAUUGGAGUACAAGGGUUAUCCCAAGGCAUCCGAUGCUGGAGAUAUUGGGUUUUGA